AUGAUUGUCUCCACAGGGCCCAUGACACAGAGGUUUCACCCAAAGUCAGGAAAUCCUAGAAAAUUAGCGCGAUCAAAAUCCUCUGCUGGUGCUGAGAAGAGCUUGGAGUGUGUGAGGAUCGUCCUGAUUGGAAAAACUGGAGUGGGAAAGAGUACCACUGGAAACACCAUCCUAGGACGUCAUGAGUUUAAGUCAAAAACCAGCAUGAAAUCUGUGACCAAGACAUGCCAAAGAGAGACUGGAGACACCUGUGGUCGACCUGUGACUGUGGUGGACACACCAGGACUCUUCGACACGACUCUCAGUAAUGAGGAGAUCCAGCAGGAGAUCAUGAGAUGCAUUGAACUCUCGACUCCUGGACCGCAUGUGUUUCUGCUGGUCAUCGCUGUCGGCCCAAUCACACAAGAAGAGAGAGAAACUCUUCAGCUCAUCAAGAUGACCUUCGGACAGAAAGCAGAGGCCUACACUAUGGUGCUGUUCACACGAGGAGACAAUCUUACAGAUGAAAGCAUUGAAGACUACAUUAAAGAAGGAGAUCCACACGUUCAGAAACUGAUAAAUGACUGUGGAGGAAGAUUUCAUGUGUUCAAUAAUAAACAGAAGGAUCCUGCUCAGGUCGUGAGUCUGUUAAAGAAGAUUGAUAAAAUGAUGUGGGAUAAUGACCCCGAUUUCUAUAAUGACAAAAUGUUUCAGGAGGCCGAGAGAGCAUUCAGACUCAUGCAGAUCAAUAGAGAGAGAGAAGAGGAGGUCAGACAAGAAAUCAAGGCCAUUAAAGCUAAAUAUGAGUCUGAAAUCAAAGAAAUUCAAGACCAACUAGAAGAGGAAAAAACAAAAGGAAAAGUUAGAGAAUUUCUGUUUGUGGAGAGAGAGUUCACACUGUUGAGACAAGAGAGAGAAAACACAGUGACAACAAACACUGAACAAACCCAUGUCGAGAGAAAGAAUGAUGAUCAGAUUGAAAAGCAGGAACAUCAGCUUACAGGAACAACAGAUCUGGAUAGAGAGAUACCUAAACCUGGAAGAGAAUCUGACCAAGAUCGUAAGAAACAUGUUAAAAAAUGGAGGGGGUUGGAAUCCUUAAAAAGAGGGUUAAAGCUAAGGAAAAAGACUGAGAGGACAGAAGAAUGUAAAACAAAAGAAGCAGCAAGUGGAGAAGAGAAUGUAGAAAAGAUAAAAGAUAGAGUCACAGACCAACAGAGCAGUGAGGAUUUACCUAAAACCUCUGACGAUGAGAGAAACGCAGAGAAAGAACAACUAAAUCAGCAUUAUAAAGAAAUGGAAGAAUGCAGGCAGAAGAUGGACGAGGCCAUGAGGAGAUACAAAGAGACGGCUGAUAUGUAUGCUGCAGAACGCAUGAGAAUUGAAGCCAGAAAUGUUCAGAUCAUUGACAGCUGGGAGAAGGACCAUGGAAAAUCCUGUGCCCUUCAAUAA